UUGACCUUUGUGGUAGAUUGAGUUGGGGUGGAGCAACACUUGCGUGCUUAUACAGAGGAUUGUGCCGCGCAAGCCAUCGUACUGCGAGGGAUAUCACCGGUCCUUUAAUGCUACUACAAGUCUGGUCGUGGGAAAGACUACAUGUUGGACGACCGACUCGGAUAGCAGAAGCAGAGGUGGACCCUGACAUCGAUCCUUUGGCAGCCCAUUGGAGGGUUAGAGCGAGCUCUCAGGAAAACCCUCGCCCACAUACUCUACCAUUUUACCGAGACCAACUCGAUAUGCAGAUAGAGGAACAAGUCACCUGGCAACCGUAUACAGAUGAGAUCCUCCAACGCCUACCCCCGAGCUGUUUAGAAGGGCAGGAGAUUUGGAGCGCAGAGGUGCCGCUCAUAUGUUUUGACCUUGUUGAGUGGCACCUCCCAUCGCGAGUCAUGCGCCAAUUUGGUUGGGUGCAAGAUAUCCCACCCACCAAAUCCACAGAGACAACCUUGCAUAACAAGGACAGAAGAGGCAUGCGUGUCACGGAUUGGGAAGACUAUCGCCAUCAAUACAUCACCCUGUGGGAAGAUCGGCAUGACUAUGUCGUCAAUGGUGUUAGGGACCCUACUCGUGUGGCGCACUUCGGGCAGUACAUGAAUUGGUAUCGACGCAUCACUAGACAACAUAUAUCUCCCAUUCCCGCCCGUCGACGAAUGGUGUUCCAUCCCGAGGGUGGGGCUAGGCACUUCAUGGAGUGUGGUAUUAUGCAUGCAUUUGAGCGACAUUUUGAGGCGUUGGAUGCAUUAGACCCGACCAAUGAGGUGGCUCGACAAGCAAUUGUGGAUAUCGGUAACUCUUUACGACAGAUGCAUCGCUUGUUCCGAACUGUUCGUUUAGUCGACGAUGUUGAGCCUAACCCUCAACUAGGCCACGAUGAUGAGGUGCUUGCAGAUGGUGUUGACAAUCCCCAAGACAUGGACGAGACUGAUUAGGCCUCCCACAGUGAGGUACCCUAAGAAAUGGAUGCACAAGAGGUUGCAAAGAAGGCAUGCGAGAUGGACACUUCGAGCAUGUCUCUCCACCCCCAACCAACCCAUCGACAUCAAGGUAGGGUUAUCUCACAAAUUCAUUUAGUCAAUAAACUAACUGGCAUACCACAGAUGGGUAGCAAUUAGGUUGACAUCCCAAGGACCAUCUGGCCAUAGAAGACGAGGAAGGGCAUGUGAACGGUGACUAAGAUUUAUGGUUAGGUAUUUUAUUUUGAAGACGUUAUAAGUAUUUUCAUUUGGCAUGUACAAUGGAGAUUUUAUGUGUUUUGUGUUUUUGGCUAUGUACUUGGGUGUUUGUUACAGAUUAUGGAGCAACGGUGAAUAGGUAGAUUUGCUAGGCUAAGAGUUUUUUUUUUUUGUUUUUAGGCUUAUGGCAUUCAAGAAAAGAGUCUUUUGAAUAAGUUCAAGUUUACUAAGUUUGUCUGAGCUAUAAGUUAGGGAGAUUUGUUUGGAUAAGAAUCUUUGAAUAAGUUUGCUUAAGAUAGUCCCUAUUUUGUUCCUA